AGCUCAGCGCAAGUUCUGAACCAGUUUGAUUUGCUGCAGGGAUCUUACUCCAACAUUUUUUUGGAUUGGAGUAAAUCUGUUUUAUUAAAUCAAUGCCCAGUCAUCCAUACAACUUAAGAAGAGACAAGAUGUCUGAAAAGGAGGACUCUGCCAGCGAAGAGGAGCUCAACACGACGGUCGUGAGCCAAGACACCGAAAUGGAUCAGCUUCGAGAAAAAUUGAAAAUUCUACAAGCAUCUUUGGACGCAUCGAAUAGGGAAAACAAUUUAUUGAAAAAAGAGAUAAAAUCACGUGUAGACUCUACCGACGCACAUCUAGCCAACGUCACCCGUGCCGACGUAACCCCAGGUAAAUGCUCUACCUACGCGCCUAUAUUUUCCGCUGCUGC